UCCGGUUUCUUUCAUUUAAAAUCACCGCGUGCACAGGUGAGCCCAUGAGUACUGGAAACGGCAAACCCGGCUGCCAACUUCUUCCAUUCCAAGAGCAGCCUGUACUAGAGAGCUGGAGAAGGUUCCAGAGAACAGUGACUUGGGCAUGACCAAGGUGGACAGGAGAUACAGUGCCAAGCACAGUGACGUUCUAGAGUCCAGGGGUUCCUUGGUCAAUAGGACAGCUUCUGACGGAAGGACCAGUUUUUCGUCUUCUGAUGAAGUAGGUUGGAGAGUCACUGAGCCUCCAGGACCCCCUGGAGGUCAGACAUCUUCCUCUUCUUCCUCCUCCUCCUCCCCCCCUCCUUCCUCCUCCCCCACUUCCUCCUCCUCCCCCCCCUCCUCUUCCUCUGCCUCCUCCUCCUCCUACGCACGCUGUAGUCGUCCCUCUCAAGUUCCACUGCCUGGGUUCCAGAAGGAAAAAUACCCUGAGGAACUCAGCCUGCUUAAGUCACAGACAAAAGAUGGGCAGCGCCCUGAGUGGACAUUUUAUCCAAGGUUUAGCAGCAAUCUCCACACAUACCACGUUGGAAAGCAGUGCUUCUUCAGUGGGGUCUUCCGGGGCAACAGGAGGUCUGAGGCCGAGAGGACCCUGGACAAGAGCCUCGGGAAGAAGAAGUAUGAUAUUGAUGCCAGAAAUGGAAUCCCAAAGUUAACACCAGGGGAUAACCCAUACAUGUUCCCAGAGCAGAGUAAGGAGUUCUUCAAAGCAGGAGCAACUCUGCCGCCCGUCAACUUUUCUCUGGUUCCUUAUGAGAAAAAAUUUGAUACGUUUAUUCCACUGGAGCCUCUUCCUCAAAUCCCCAACUUGCCUUUCUGGGAGAAGGAGAAGGCCAACAACUUGAGGAAUGAGAUAAAAGAAGUCCAGGAGUUGGAUAACUGGCAGGCACCGCCACCCUUCCUACACAGUGUUUUCUUCUCUGGUGCUUUCAUCCUUCCAAGACAUCCCUGAGCAGAAACGAACCCCCAAGCAUGCACUGACUGACCUCCAGCCAUCCUCUGC